UUGACCUGGAAAAAGUCGCAUGGUCCAUAAAUAACAAACUUUCCGUCGUCCUCAUUUUACGUUUGGAUGACUAUUGUCAUUUUGACGAUUGUGUGAUUAGUAUUAUGCGUUUACUAGUGGUGGUUACUUUCGCUGCGCUGGUGACGGCAGCGUCAACAGCACAGGUGAUGAACGAAUAUUUAGAGAGAAACGUUGCCGUCUCUGCAGUUCUUGCAAACGGAUGCACAAUUAACAUCAGAAGAGACCUCGAUCAGCUGCAGCCGGUUUACAUCAGAAAUGGCAGGUAUCUCAGCCCUCAUGAGAAUUCGGGGUUAAUCCGUCUCAACACUAACGAGCAAGUCACUAUCGCGUGUACGGGCUAUAGGAAUUAUAUUCGCCAUCCUCAGGUCGCCGCUAACUUCCGAAUUGGUAAUAUACGGUGUGUGAGCGGCGUCCGGGUGAGAUGGCAGAAUAGCCAAAUCGUCAGCGACUUUAAACAUUUUACCUGUAAUGUUCAACCUAUUCCUGACACUCCAAACACGCCAAGAUCAUGCUGGAAUAAUCAAGCAAGACGUAUUAAUGUGGGUUUCACCGUUCAAAACUUUAUUGAACUAUAUUCGUCAUGCUUCGAUGACCGAAAUUUGAUAGCUUUAUACGUAAGCUAUCCACAGACUCGUGAAAACUAUAUAUAUCAACCAGGGGCCGGCCGACCUUAUUUUCAGCCUGGCACCUUCUUCCCUGUGGAUAUUAAUAGACUUUAUACUUAUACGACCCAUAAAAAUACAAUAGCUCGUAUCACUGGCCAAAACACAUACAUUAAUAAUGUGUACAAUAUAACUCGUGGACAUUUGGCUGCCAAGACUGAUUUCGUCUUCGCUACGGGUCAAAGUUCCACAUUCUGGUACAUCAACGCUGCUCCUCAAUGGAGCACUAUUAACUCUGGUAACUGGGAAACGCUGGAAAAGAACCUACGUGCUCGGAUUGCAAAUGCAGGGUACAACACUAUGAUAUACACAGGCACUUUAGGUGUAACCACGCUCCGCCAUAUUGACAAUACUCCUAAAAGGAUCUAUUUGGAUGAUUCUAAUAGAGUUCCGGUGCCGGAGUACUUUUACAAGAAACCAGCUUCGCAUGACGAUGCUGUGCCAUCUGUGGCGCUCUUUGGCGUAGUGGAGCGCAUCAUGGAGACUCAAGCCGAUAGCCGUACAAACUUGGUCGGAUCAUCUCGUGGGACAGCGACCCCACAGACGUUUACCAUCGAUCCGUCUGGUGACCAUUAG